AUGGGCAAGUACACGAUCCGCGUGGUCACCGGGGACUCGCUCCUGGCGGGUUCCUGCAACCAGGUGCAGCUGUGGCUGGUCGGCGAGCACUGGGAGGCCGACCUGGGGCAGAAGCUGAGGCCCAUGCGCCGCGGGGUCAGUGCGCAGCGGUCCGCCCCCCUCCACCUGGGCCGCCUCCCGCUGGUGAAGCUUCGCAAGGACGAACACUUGGGGGACUUCGACUGGUUCUGCAAGUGGAUCUCCGUGCGCGGCCCCGGGACCAACGGCGAGGCCCUAUUCCCCUGCUACUGCUGGGUGCAGGGCUCUGGGAUCGUCUGUCUGCCCGAGGGCACCGCCGGACCCGUGAGCGACGACCAGAGCCUGUUUAAGACGCACCGAGAGCAGGAAAUCCAGAAAAGAAAGAGGAUGUACCGGUGGGGCUCCUGGAAAGAUGGGUUAAUACUGCCUGUAGCAGGGAGAACACCGUGGGACCUCCCCAAGAAUGAGAGAUUCCAGGAGGAUAAGGAUUUUGACUUCUCUUUCUCGCUGGCAAAAGCGUUGGAGGGCUUGGUCCUCAAGGGGACAAAUCCAGUUAAAAGACCGGAAGAUUUCAAAAGAAUAUUCCCAAGUGCGAAGACUGCGCUGGCUGAGAAGGUUUGAAAUUCCUGGAAGGAUGAUGCCCUCUUCGGGUACCAGUUCCUCAGUGGUGCAAACCCCAUGCUCCUGCGCUCGAGCAGCCUCCCAGCCUGGCUGGUGCUGCCUCCAGGGAUGGAAGACUUGAAGACCCAGUUGGAGAAAGAACUCCAGGCUGGAUCUCUAUUUGAAGCUGAUUUCCUGCUAGAUGGGGUCAAGCUUAAUGUAAUCAUUUUAAAACAACAAUAUGUGGCCGCCCCUCUGGUUAUGCUGAAGCUGCAGCCUGAUGGGAAGCUCUUACCCAUGGUCAUCCAGCUGCAGCCUCCUCAUCACGGCUGCCCCACACCCAUGCUGCCCUCCAACCCCCCUAUGGCCUGGCUGCUGGCCAAGACCUGGGUCCGUAGCUCUGACUUCCAGAUGCACCAGCUACAGUCACAUCUCCUGCGGGGACACCUGAUGGCUGAGGUUAUUUCUGUGGCCACGAUGAGGACCCUGCCCAGCCUGCAUCCCAUCUACAAGCUUCUGAUCCCACACUUCCGCCACACCAUGGAGAUCAACAUCCCCGCCUGGAGCAAUCUUGUCUCCAGAUGGGGAAUUUUUGACCUGGGGGUGAGCACCAGUAGCGGAGGCCAUGUGGACAUUCUCCAGAGAGCCACAGCUUGCUUGACCUAUCAUUCCCUCUGCCCUCUGGCCGACCUGGCUGACCGUGGGCUCUUGGAUGUGAAGGCUUCUCUAGGCCAAGAUGCCCUCAGGCUGUGGGGGAUCAUCAGCCGGUACGUGGAGGGGAUGGUCGGUCUUUUCUACAUGACUGAUGAAGCUGUGAGGGAUGAUCCAGAGCUGCAGGCCUGGUGCAGAGAGAUCACCGAGACGGGGUUGCAGGGUGCCCGGGACCGGGGGUUCCCCGUCUCCUUAGACACCCGGGUUCAGCUCUGCCACUUUGUCACCAUGUGUAUCUUCAUGUGCCCAGGUCAGCAUGCCUCUGCCCACCUGGGCCAGCUGGACUGGUACUCCUGGAUCCCCAACGGCCCGUGCACCAUGCGGAAGCCCCCGCCCGUCUCCAAGGACGUGACAGAGAAGGAUAUAAUGGACUCGCUGCCCACGGCCCACCAGGCCCACAUGCAGAAGACCUUCACAAAGUUCCUUGGCAGACGCCAGCCCAUCAUGGUGGCCCUGGGGCAGCACAAGGAGAGAUAUUUCUCAGGCCCUCGGCCCCAGGCCGUGGCUGCCGUGGACCAGGAGAUAGAGGCCCGCAAUGCAGGCCUGCAGCUGCCCUAUGAGUACCUUCGACCCAGCAUGGUGGAGAACAGCGUGACCAUAUGAGAAGGGUCACCCCGGAGCUCCGGCCUCCCCAAGUGCCUCUGAGCACCCUCCACGUUCCUUGGCCACAUCCUCUUGUGACCAGACUGACCACCCCCCCAUGCUGUGUCGUCCAGGCGCCCAAGGCGGCUGCCUCAAACAGCUCCAGGGGACUCACAGGGAGGGGUUCCUGUUGACUUCUGGAGCCCAGCAUCCCCUGUGCCCACCCUACCUUAAUGUCCAGCCUGUCCUGCACUUCGGCCCUCUCCUUUUCC